AUGCGAAAAGUGCUGGCUGCCAUCCGAGGAGUUUCCGAGGCCCAUUGUGUCUUGAAACCUACACACGACCUGGGAGGCAAGGUGGAACGGGAGCUCUGGGGCAAUGUUUGGGUCACCGUCUGGCUUUUGCGCAACCAGGGAUCACCAAAGCCUAGAACACAACCCGUUCGGAUUCUGAUUCUGGAUGCGCCUUCGCGUAUCGGUGACCUUGACCUCUCGGGGGGACGUCUUCUGGUGUCCAGGAGGGCCGAACGGAGAAACGUCAAGUGGUCUGUUCCCAUUACAUACAUAUUCCAUGACGGUUAUUACAAUGGUGACUUAGAGUUUCUGGACUGGUCUUUUUCGCCGUUUGAUCCACCGUCGAUGAGGGCGUUGGUUGGCAACGUGGAAACAUGGGACCUUUUCAGCCCAACUAACAGACGGCUGAGUCCCCAUUGGGCCGUUGCCCUGAGAAUGAGAAAACUGGUGGACGGCCCACACCAUGUUGGAGCCCUAACCGGCAAUCAGGAACGUCUCAACGCCGAGGCAUUCCAGUUCUAG